AUGGAGCUGCAGAGCCGGCCCGAGGCGCUCGCCGUGGAACUCGCGCGCCGCCAGAACGGCGACCUCAGGAAGCAGCUCCAGGAGAGGCAGCCGCGGGUCGCGGCGCUCGGCGACAAGCAAGCUCUGGGCGUCGUCACUGCAGUGCCUGUCACGGGCCCUCAGGUCAGCUCCUUGCAGAGGCUGGCCGGGCAAGGAGCCGCGGUGCUACCUCAGGUUAGGCCAAAGACUCUGAUUCCAGACAGCCUCCCCAUCGCCCCGGGCCGGGACCGGCCCCCGAAGCAGCCCCCAGCCUUCCAGAAGGCCACCACGGUCAGCGUCAAGAACCCCAGCCCCGCCCUGCCCACCGCCAACAACACCGUCAGCCAUGUGCCAACGCCCGGCAGCCAGCCCCAGGCCCUCGCCCAGCCCGCCGCCAUCACCUCGCCCCUGAGCGGCGCCGGGGUGGCCUACGCCAUCAUCUCCACCGCUCCCACCACCGCCGUGUCCGUGGUCAGCGACAGCAUCAAGGUGCAGCCCCUCCUCAUCAGUGCCGACAGCAAGGUCAUCAUCCUCCAGCCGCAGGUGCAGACGCAGCCCGAGAGCACGGCGGGGUCGCGGCCUCCCCCGGAGGAGCCGCCAUCUCAGGGAGCUCAGGCCAGCAGGAGGAAGGCGGAAGACGGGCCCCCGAGCCAGGAGGACCCCGAGAAAAUCGCCUUCAUGGUAGCUCUGGGCCUGGUCACCACGGAACACCUGGAAGAGAUCCAGAGCAGGCGGCAGGAGCGCAAGAGGAGGAGCACGGCCAACCCCGCCUACAGCGGCCUCCUGGAGACAGAGAGGAAGCGGCUGGCCCCCAGCUACCUGCACAGCCCCCUUUUCCUCACUGCGAGAGCCAACGAGGACCCCUGCUGGAAGAGCGAGAUCACCCACGAUGAACGUUGCACCGCCUGCAAGCGUGGGGCUGACCUGCAGCCCUGCGGCACCUGCCCCUGCGCCUACCACCUCGGCUGCCUCGACCCGCCCCUCAAGACGCCGCCCAAGGGGGUGUGGCUAUGCCCCAAGUGCCAGCAGAAGGCCUUAAAGAGACAUGAGGGUGUGCCCUGGUCCGGGAUGCUGGCCAUCGUGCACUCCUGCGCCACCCACAAGACAGUGAAAGAAGAGGAGAAGCAGAAGCUGCUGCAGCGAGGCAGUGAGCUCCGGAGCGAGCACCAGCAGCUGGGCGAGCGGGACCGGCAGCUGGCGUCGGCGGUGAAGAAAUGCCUGGAGCUUAAGACGAGCCUGCUGGCCCGCCAGAGGGGCACCCAGUCAUCCCUGGACCGCCUCCGGGCCCUCCUGAGACUGAUCCAGGGUGAGCAGCUGCUCCAGGUCACCGUGGCGACCACCAGCCCCGCCCCGCUGCUGGCCGGGCCCUGGACCAAGCCCCCGGCCGCAGCCAUGCACUCCUCCCUGCAGCAUCCCCAGGGUCACAACUGA